AUGGUGCAAGGACAGGACGAAGAAGUAAAUUUCUGCGGCUUGGACAAGAGAAGUGGGCAAGAGAAGUGGGCAAGAGAAGUGGACAAGAGAAGUGGACAAGAGAAGCGGACAAGAGAAGUGGACAAGAGAAGUGGACAAGUGAAGUGGUCAUGUCGCGCUCGAGUUCGUUUCCGUCGCCAAAAAGACUUCAACACAUGCGCUGUCGCAGCCGACUGUCCUAAAGGCUAUGAGGCCGUCGGGUCCAAGUGCAUCCACCGUUACACGGGUGGAUAUCUGACGUACGACGAAGCGGCCACUAACUGCACCCAGCACUCCGGCAGGCUGCCUGUGCUUAAAGACUGCGCUUCCUUCACUGAUGUCGCCACCUAUGUCAACGAUGGAUACUUAACUGAUUUCAACAACGGCUACUGGUUAGGCGCGACCAAUGCAACGCUCACCAAUGUUUGGCAGUGGAGUGACGGAGAGGCCGUGCAAAUGGGCGCUCCGUACUGGGCCACCAACACUGGAGAGAAUUUGGCAACGGAACCUUCGGGUGGAACGGUACAGAACUGUGCUUUUAUAGAAAGGUCCGCCGUUUCUUCAGAAGCUGACACGAGCUUGUUAUUCCGAGACUUUGGAUGUGCAGCCCUUUUCUAUCCAAUGUGCUCAAGACCUUUAGUAGAUGGUCUCUGCGUGAAUCCUUUUGUUUUGGUUGGCACUCAAUUUAUUUUCGUAAUUGAGAGCGCAAGGACCUGGCACGCCGCUCGUAUCGCGUGUGAACUGGUCGGUGGCAGGGUUGGCAAUGAUUAA